AUGGCGCUGCUUCGAGCGUUCUUUACUCUGCUGCCGCUCAUCGCAGGCGACUCGACCGUCGAGUACUUCGCGGUGUGCGACGCUGGCAGCACCGGAACGCGGCUCUACGUGUUCGCCCUGGAUGUGGCUGCGGGCAAGGCCUCCUCCGUCUUCGUGAAGAAGACGAAGCCGGGGCUGUCCUCCUACGCCAAUGAGCCCUCCAAGGCUUUGGCGCCGCUGCUGGCCCUCCUCAAAGAAGGAGCGCAGAAGGUGCCUGAGGCGCUGAGGCGCAAGACACCUCUCCUGAUCUUUGGCACGGCCGGCAUGAGGCUGCUCCCGCCCGAUACGCAGGCCAAGAUUUGGUCAGCGGUGCAGAGCAUCCAGGAGGAUCCCAGCUUUCCCUUCGACGCGUCCAGCUUGCAAGCCCGCACGGUGAGCGGCGAGGAGGAGGGCCUGUGGGCAGUUCUGGCCGCCAACUUCCUGACGGGCAGGAUGGGCCACGACUUAGCCUCCCAUGGCGCCGCGGCGCCCUUGGGCUUGCUGGAUUUGGGUGGAUCUAGCACGCAGAUCGGCAUCCCCAAUGCUGCUGCAGCUCAGAAAGGCGUGAACUUCAGCGAUGGCGUCAUGGUCAAGAGCUACCUGGGCUUCGGCAUGACCCACAUCCGGGAGCAGGUCCGAGCCGCGUCGGAUGGCAGCGACGCGAGCUGCUACAUGAAAGGCACGCCAGUGGCGGAGGGCGUGGUCGGCAUUGGCGCCGGCCCUGCCUGCCGAAGUCUCAUUCACCAGAUGAUGCUCAAAGAGUCAGAAACCUGCAAGCUGGACAAGAAGGACGCCUGCUUGGGUGACCUGAGCCAAGAAGCCAGCCGGGCCGUGCAGGGCUCGGUGGACUUCUUCGGUGUCUCGGGGCUGACCUACGUGGCGGACUUCGUGCACUGGUGGCUCGCCAAGGCCCCCAAUCAGCGGAAGGUGCCCUUCCUGGAGGCGUACCCGCGCCCAACGCUGAAAGAGCUGGAGCUGGCAGUGGAUCUGAUGUGUGCAGGCGAGUACUCCUGGGUGGAGGCACAGACCAAGGAGAAGUCGACGGCACAUCAGUACACGGCGGAGGACAACAUGGCGUUCCGUUGCUUCCAAGCCAACUACAUCCUCGUCCUGCUGGGUGAGAUGUACGGCUUCCCCAAGGACGCCCGGAAGGUGACGUAUGCUCUCGAGGUGGAGGGCGAAGAUCUGGAGUGGCCGCUGGGAGCGCUGCUCCAGACUCGGUCGCACCUUGGUGAGGACUGCGACUGCGCGCUUUGCCACCAGCUCAUCUACGAGCCGGUGGUCUUGCCUUGCGCGCAUGUGUUCUGCCGCGGUUGCCUAGCGCAGUGCCUGGAGCACGGCGCGGGCCGGCGCUGCCCGCUGUGCCGACGCCUGCACGCCGCCUACCUGGAGGACCUGGCGCCCUGCCAGCUGUUGGCCUCGCUGCUGGAGGAGCGCUUCCCGGCAGCGUACAAGGAGCGCAGAGCUGCCGCCUUUGCCCUGCCCAAGGCAGUGCCCAGGAACGAGGCGGAGCUGGGGCUCUUCGUGCUGGAGCCGCUGCUGCCGCUGCAGCGGCUGCAGCUCAACGUCUUCGAGCCCAGGUACUGCGCCCUGAUGCGACUGGCCCUGAGUAGUGGGCGCCGCUUUGGCAUGGUCGGAUUCAACAGCGGCAUGAGCCACUUGCAGCAUGGCUGCGAGGUGGUCAUGGAGGACUGCAUGCAGUUCCCCAACGGCCACUUCCAGGUGCAGAUCGUCGGAACCCGCGCCUUCAAAAUCUUGGAGGUCCCCGCGCUGCAAGCGGACGGCUACCUCCUGGCGCGGAUCGCCUACCUUGAUGAGUCCCGAGGUGCGGACGCCGACGCCGACGCCGGCAUGGACGUCCGCGCGGAGGACGUUUCGGCAGCCGAGGAAAUGCUUCCGGAGCUGGAGGAAUGGCAGGGCUUGGUGAAAGAUCGACGACUGAGCUCCAUUCUGCAGGAGCUGGGCCCAAGGCCCCCCUGCAGCCAGCCGGGGAAGCUGGCGCUUUGGGCGGCUGCGCUGAUCAACCCCUUGCCGCCUCUGGGCCUCGCCCCGGAGCUGCGUGCGGAGGUGCUGGCGGCCGAAGACCCCCAGGAGAGACUCCAGAGAGUGCGUGCAGGCCUUCAGUCCUCACUGGCGCACCUGCAAGCGCUGCAGAAGUCCCCGGUCCGCAGGAGCGGGGAUGCUGAUUUGUACAUGGCCGGCGCAAGCCGUUUCCCCAGCGCCAAAAUCGGCGACAGAAGGCCCAAGUUGUCGCGCCACGAGCUGGCGGCCUUUUUCGAGACAGGACCCUCCUCGAGCUUCGGUGACUUUGGGCACAAGAGGCGCCCGGAUGGUGGAGUCAAUGAUCCCGACGGAGGUGUGAUCCUGGAGGAGACCACCUGCAAAAAGCCAGACAUGGACGAGAACGAACAUGGCACCGGUCUCAAGGCUGGCAUCCACUUGGGGUUAUCCACGAUAUUUGUCCUCGGUGUGCCCAUCGGCAUCGCGGGGGGCGCUGGCUACCAGGUCUACGAGCGCAUGGCCAAGGCCAGGGCCAAGAUGCUGGAAGCGGAAGUCGCGGCGGCCAAGGCCAAGGCGAAGGCCAAGGCCAAGUUCAAGAUGAAGGCCAAGGCAAAGCCUCGCGCCGAGGAGGACUUCGACAGCUCUCAGAUGCAUGCUGAGCCUAGGCUCCUUAAGUUGUGGGCGCUGGCAACGCUUGACCGGCUCACAGGUUUUGACCGGUGCGUGGCGCCCGCAGUUUCCGGCACUCCCAAGCUGCUUCGUUCCAAUUCGUGCUAUCGCGCCAUGGCGAAUGCGGAAUUCACGGAUAUGACCAGCAAGGUCAUCGAGGAAGCGGCCAAGUUGGCGCGCCAGAGGGGCCAUCUGCAACUGGACCCGGCCCACAUCUUCACGGUGCUGCUCAAGGACAAAGCCUCCCUGCCUGCACAAGUACUGGGGCGCCUGAGUGGGGACUUCGUCGAGGUACAGAAAGCCUGCGAGCGGCUGCUGAACAGCUUCAGCGCUCAGCAGCCGGCGCCGGAGGAGAUCUCGCCCAACAACGCCAUGCGCCAGACGCUGCAGGAAGCAGAGAAGCAGCGCAAGGCCUCCGGCGGCAGUUAUGUCAGCCUGCCGGAUCUCUUCCUGGCGCUGCUGAAGCAAAAGGCCAUCAAAGAGGUGCUGAGCGCCGCGGGGUACGGCAUCUCCCAGGUGGAGAAGGCAAUGCAGGAACUGAGGGGAUCCAAGAAGGUGGACACCCAAACGGGGGACGAGAACUUCGAGGCGCUGUCCAAGUACGGCCGCGACCUGGUUGCUGACGCUGAGAGCGGCAAGCUGGACCCUGUCAUUGGACGGGAUGAGGAGAUCCGGCGGGUGGUGCAGGUGCUGGCAAGGCGCACCAAGAACAACCCCAUCCUCGUGGGGGACCCAGGUGUUGGGAAGACCGCCAUCGUGGAGGGUCUGGCGCAGCGGGUGGUCAUUGGCGACGUGCCCGAGACCUUGAAGAAGUGCCGCGUGGUGGCGCUGGACGUCGGCGCGCUGAUCAGCGGCGCCAAGUACCGCGGGGAGUUUGAAGAGCGUCUCAAGGCGGUGUUGCAGGAAGUGAAAGACGCGGAAGGCCGCAUAGUCCUCUUCAUCGACGAGGCGCACAUGCUGAUUGGCGCUGGCAAGACUGACGGUGCCAUGGACGCGGCAAACCUGCUGAAACCCAUGCUGGCAAGGGGCGAGCUUCGCUGCAUCGGCGCCACCACCAUGGACGAGUACCGCAAGUACAUCGAGAAAGAUGCCGCGCUGGAAAGGCGAUUUCAGCAGGUGCAUGUAGACGAGCCCUCGGUGCCGACGGCCAUCACCAUCCUCCGCGGGCUCAAGGAGCGCUACGCGGCGCACCACGGGGUGAGCAUCCAGGAUGCCUCGCUGGUGGCGGCGGCGCAGCUCUCGGAUCGCUACAUCACCACCCGCUUCUUGCCCGACAAGGCGGUGGACCUGCUGGACGAGGCCUGCAGCAAGAUCCGGGUGCAGCUCUCCUCGCAGCCCGAGGCCAUUGACACCUUGGAGCGACGUCGGCAGUACUUGGAAGUGGAGGUGAAGGCCCUGAGCAAAGAGAAGGAUCAUGCCUCCAAGACCCGGUUGCAGGAGGCCCAGAAGGAGCUCUCGCAGGUGGUCGAGGAACUGGCGCCCUUAAGGGCCAGGUACCAGCAGGAGCGGGAGCUCAUCGAUGACUUGAGCAAAGCGAAGACCAAGUUGCAGGACCUGAAGCGGAAGUUGGACCUCAUGGAGGCGCGCCAUGAUGUGGACGGAGCGGCGGACCUGCGCUACGAAGCCAUCCCAGGGGUGCAGCAUCGCAUCCGGGAGCUGGAGAAGCGAAAGAAGGACUUCGAUGAGAGCUGCGACACGCCUUUGCUCUGCGAGACCGUCACGCCCAUGCACAUCGCGGAGGUCGUCGCUCGCUGGACCGGCAUCCCAGUGGCGAAGUUGUCGCAGGGCGAGAAGACCAGGUUGCUCAACCUCGAGCAGGCACUGAACAAGCGAGUGGUGGGCCAGGAGGAGGCCGCCUCCGCCGUUGCCCGGGCCGUGCUCCGCAGCGCUGCCAAGCUCUCGCGCAGGAACCAGCCCACAGGCUCCUUCCUCUUCGCCGGGCCCACGGGAGUCGGGAAGACCGAGCUGGCAAAGGCUCUGGCGGCAGAACUCUUCGAUGGCGAGAACAAGAUGAUCCGCCUGGACAUGUCGGAGUACAUGGAGCAACAUGCGGUGAGCCGCCUCAUUGGCGCGCCCCCGGGCUACGUGGGCCAUGAUCAGGGCGGCCAACUCACUGAGGCGUUAAGGCGCCACCCCUACAGCGUGGUGCUCUUCGACGAGAUGGAGAAGGCUCACCCUCAAGUGCUGAACGUUCUCCUGCAGCUGCUGGAUGAUGGCCGUAUCACUGACAGCCACGGCAGGACGGUGGACUGCAGCAACUGCGUGGUGAUUAUGACCUCCAACCUGGGCUCGGAGCACCUCAUGCGCCUCAAGUCGAUCACUGAGAUGGAGAACGCCAAGGGCAAGGUCAUGCAGGUGAUCCGCUCAAGCCUGAGGCCAGAGCUGUUGAACCGCCUUGACGACGUUGUGGUCUUCCACCCGCUGAGCCGCGAGGUACUUCGACAGGUGGUGCGGCUGCAGCUUGCAGACGUGCUGGCAAGGUUAGACGAGUUGGAGGUUUCCAUGCACGUCACUGAUUCAGCCGUGGACUUCAUCCUCAAGGAGGCCUUCGACCCCGAGCUGGGUGCGCGCCCGCUGAAGCGCUUUUUGGAGAGGCACCUGGUCUCCAGGCUCAGCACCUUGAUUUUGGAGGAUGCCCUUCCACCUGGCAGCGCCGUCAGUGUGGACCGCACCACGCGCAAUGGCGUGGAAGACUGGGACUUCCGCAUCACCACUGGUCCUAAGAGGCAGCGCACUGACCAGUAGUGCGGCCAAGGAAAGGUCCGAAAAUGUGCCGGAUAAGAAAGGAAGGCAAGUGGAC